AUGCACAAACCUUCCCUGGCUCAGAUUGUGCACAAUGCAACCUUUCCGCGCCCGCGCACGAGCGAUCCAGCGACAUUCUCCGCUCAUAUCACCCGUAACCUCGUCCCCGAAGUUCGGAUCGAAACCUCGACUUUCUAUGGAUCGCUAGACACCGUUGAAGCUCAAUAUCCUGGCCUUGAUUAUUCCUAUGGUCCACAUCGCAUGCGGCUGAGUCGGUUUCCUUGGCAUCGCCGACUUUUUAGAGUCUUUGACGAGCUCGGUUUAACGGAGGCCGAGAUAUCUUCGCUGUGUCGCUGGGAAGGUACCAAGUCGGCACGGGAGCGGUAUGAGAAAGAAGAGGGUAUCAAGGUACAAGAUACGACGGCCAAUGGUGUCCGACCAGCGUCGCCAUCCCCGCUGCCUUCAAUCCAAGUUCAUUUUGAAGAUGGUCCAGAACGGGUGCGAGAACCAGAGGUCAAGGCCGAAGCACGCGAGCACUUCGUUCCUGUGACUGACACCAUUGAUGACCGCGGUGUCGACUGUGAUGUACCUCGGAAGGUUGAAGAAGACUCGAGCGACGAGGAAAUGGAAAGCUGUGGCGUGGAACUGAAUCAUCGUCUCCUUGCAGCAAGUGCCGCCCGCGCACGAGGCGCCAAUGUUCCGCUAGACGAGGACUGGGAGCAAUGGCUGAAGGAAGCUGGCGAGCGAGGAAGUUACGCCGACGUGAUCAAUGCGAUUCGAAGAGGCCAACCGUUGGAUUUCUUGUAUGACAUGCCAUACCUUAGUAGUAGGACAGGCGCUAGACGAUCCGUGUCGCUCUCAGAACCACUUGCGACCAACCCCCCCCCCCCACCUUCUUUCCCACUCGUCACCUCUACAACCACCAUGAUCAAAGCGAUCUUCUACAGCAAGUUCGACACCCAGGAGGGACCUAAGGUCGUCCACCAAGUUCCUGAUGGCGCGAUAGUUCCCUCAGCGACCGCUCCGUCGCAGCCCCUCUUCCUGACCUUUUCAGACAUCUCCUUCUUCGUGAUUCCCCGUCAGGAGCUAUGCGGAAACUUGAUGCAGGUUUGCACAAACGGAUACCGGAUACUUGGUUACCCGAUCUGCAUGAAAUCUCUCCGAUAUGACCGCAACGAAUUCAUCUUUAAUUUUUGCAUCGUGCUGGCGGAGGAAGAAGAUUUUAGCACGUACAAGAGUGUGGUCCAGAAACUUGCGGACCUGAUGCAUGGGUUGGAGGAGCAAGGCCAAUUCCUAUCCAGGGAUCACUCAAAAAGUGGCGAGGGGAAAGUUUAUAGCUUGUGUGAGACAUUGAUGGAGGAUCUAAAUAACUAUUGCGAAUGCAUGAUUCCUAUCGACGAAUUAAAUACGUUGAAUAUCAAGCUAUUCCCUAUCUACCCCUCUCCUCCGUCUGUCAAAGCCUGGCACGUCCCCUUGUUCACUGUUCGAUACCAAACCUUCAUGGAUGAGAAUUGGGAUCUCACAAUGCAACGAAUCGUCCCUCAUAUCAACGGCGUCAACAGUAUCCGCAUAAUCUCCAUCCUUGCUGACACAGACUUCUCUCUCACCUGCCGCGCAAUCCGGCACUUGCUCUACUACAAUUGUCUCUUCCUCCUCGACAUCUUUUCAUUCUCUGCAAUUUACGCCCCCACAGCUCAAUUUAGCUCCAUGAUUGCGUCAAAUGAGAACAUGCAGCGAGAAUGCGCACGCUAUGUCAACACACUCUUUGCAUCCCCUGCUGCCGCAUCAACCUUCACGAACCCUACCCGAAGCUACGACCCAGACGCUGUAUGGCCGCCCCUCGGUGAAAUCGUCACAGGCACUACUGCCAGCGUCGAUAUAGCCAGCAGCAAUGGAAGUGUUAGUCCCGGGAGCCCUAGUCCAGAUCCUACCAUCACAGCGCCAGGUAGCACGGCCGCGACAAUAGAGGACCAACCGGAAAGAGAGGUAGUUGACGGAGUCGGAUUAGUCGAGCUUUACGCCAGCCUCAAACAAGGCCAAAGCGUCAAGCAAUGGUAUAUGCACCAUAGCCGACAACUAGCUCAUAUCGACAUUCGUCGCUUCAUCACGUUUGGCAUCAUCAAAGGGUUCCUAUACCGUGUGCACAAAUACGCUUACGCGACAGGAUGCCCUGCUCCACCCUCGAAAUAUCACCAUCACCACCAUUAUCACACUCACUCCGGUCCAUCAUCUAGAGGCCCUGGGACAGGGACCAAUAGUCCCUAUGCCUCAAGUGUGGGGGAUGAUUCGGCACCCAUCGCCGCGCACCAACAUGAUGGACCUUCGACCUCCGUGCACAGCGGAAGUCGUCCAGGAACAGUGAUCGAAGAUGAGGACGACGAAGACUACAUCGACGAUAAGACUAUGUCCAAAUACCUCGAUGGAAUGCAUUGCUUUGAUCAAAUAUGCACUGAACUGGAAAUUAGCGAAAAGGAGUUUACCGCUAGAUUGAAGCGGUAUCCCGGGGAGGUGUUAAUCAUACACCGAUGA